AGAGAGAGGGGAGAGAGAGAGAAAUACAACGCACACACACAAAAAAAAAAAUCGACCCUCCUCUCCCGGACCAAUAAUAAGGAGAGCGAAAAAAAAUAAGGAGAGCCUUGUACUUUGGGGGCGGAAAAUAAAGGAGGAAUAUCCAUUUUUUUUUAACAUGAACUAAAGGAAUUGAAAGACAGAAUCGUCCACUCUUGGAGGCCCCCCCCCCACCUAAUCGGAGACCGUAACUGCAGGAUGAAAAGAUGGCAGCGAAUAUGCUUGCACCUCCAGGCCCGGACAGCUUCCGACGUUUCACCCGCGAGUCUAUGGCCACCAUCGAGAGGCGGAUCGCAGAAGAGAAGAACAAGAAGCCCCCGAAGCAAGACAGCAGUCACCGCGACGAUGAUGAGCAAAAGGCCAAGCCCAACAGCGACCUGGAGGCUGGCAAGGGUCUGCCCUUCAUCUACGGCGAUCCCCCCAGCAAGUGCAUCGCUGAGCCCAUCGAGGAUUUGGACCCUUUUUAUAUGACUCAAAAAGUUUCCUAA